GCCAGCACCCCUCCCACAGGCUCCCUCCACUCUCCUGGCUACUGGGCUGUGGAGGCUCGUCCAGCCUCAGUGGUGGGGACCCAGGCGUCCGGGAAGCUCCCUCUGCAGCUCCUCUGAUCUUGCCCCCAGACUGGUGACAAAAUGGCCCCAGGGGUGACCUGUGUCCUACUGUUGCUCCUGCCUCUCCUGAAGGCCCCUCCUAGCACUGCCCUCUCCGCGCUGGUCCAGGCCGCCUUCCUGGAGGAUAACGGAGGCAGCGGGGAGAUGGAGGGCUCCUCGGCCUCCUCCCCCAGCCUCGGCCCGCCUCGCACCCCGGCCUUCAGUCCCACCUCGGUGGGGCCUCCGCCCACGCCCCUGGCAGGGCCCUCGCCCCCCACCAACUUCCUGGACGGGAUCGUGGAUUUCUUCCGAGAAUACAUGCUGCUCAUCUCCGUGGUGGGCUCGCUGGUCUUCGUGCUCCUGUUCAUCGUGUGCGCCGCCGUCAUCGUGCGCCAGAAGCACAAGGCCUCGGCCUACUACCCGUCCUCCUUCCCGAAGAAGAAGUACGUGGACCAGCGCGACAGGACGGGGGGCCCCCGGGCCUUCAGCGAGGUUCCUGACAAGGCCCCCGACGCCCGCCCGGAUGACCCGGCCGUGGACGGCUCCCGCCAGCUCCAGGCGGACAUUCUGGCCGCUACCCAGAACCUCAAGUCUCCGACCAAGGGGCCGCUGGCCAAUGGGGAUGGAGGGAGAGCGGAGGAGAGGGAGGGGAAAGAGGAAGAGGAGGCUGAAAAGGGGGGCGAGGAACCCCAAGGUCAGGGUACCCUCCAAGAGAAAUCGGAGGCCCCCUCGGGGGAGGCUGCAGAGCCCGGCUGUGCGCAGGAGCCACCGACACGCGGGAUGGACCCUGGCGAGCAGGAGGGAGCCCCCUCGUUACUCCAGGAAUCCGAGGGCUCCGAGGGUCCCUGUGCCUGUAGCAGCGUCUCUCCGGAGGUCUAACAAGCCCC